CAACAAUCAACAUUUUCAGGAUUCUAAUCUAAUUAUAAGCAUGGCAAAGAACACUAAUGCAUAUGUGAAACAGAAGUGAACCUGUGACUAUAUAGCUUUGCUUGAGUCUCAUACCUCAUCAUGGUUGAGCUGCUUAUCUGUUCUGCAACUGAAGCUCUGACUAAAGUGCUUUUCAAGAGGACAUGAGAUGUGAUGCUGGAUUAAAUAGUAAUUUACACUCUCUUGGGAGAAAUGUUGCCUGAAGCUAUUACUCUGAUUUGUAGAGGAUGGGCUUUUUGUUUGUUUGUUUGUUGUUUUUUAAAAUAGUUUUUCAGAUUACUGUACAUUUAUUUAUUUGUGUUAGGAAAGGAUUAAUUAAAUUACUAAAUUGUUAUAUGUAACUUCAUAGUGAUUUGACGAGCAUUUCAACAAGUUGUAGUUGAGAAAUUUCAACAAUUUCAACAGCUGAUGCAGGAAGAUGUGAAUUCCUUAGGAGCUGGAUGUGAAGAAGUACUGGCAACUGAAGGAUGUUAUUGCAAAAAUGACAAAGGAAAAUGCUUCUGUGUUGUAACUUGUUCUGUCAGUCUUCUGCAAGCUGCUGUUCUCACGUUUACCUCCCUGGGUUGGGUUUCUGAAGACAAUUGUUUUAUUCCACCAAGUAGAAAGCACUGAAAGGAAAUGUAGCAUAAGAAAGUGUGAUACUUUUAAGUUAAAUAUUAACCAGAUUCAAACAAACUCAAGAGUAUUUCAAGUGUGGUUAACUUGUUGGGCAGCUGAACAAGAACGAACUCAAGCAGUGAAGAACAGGCAUGGGGAUACUCUACUCAGAGCCCAUUUGUCAGGCAGCCUAUAACAACGAUUUCAAUAAAGUUCAGUUCCUUUUGGAGAGCAACUGCAACUAUCUGAAUAUCCAGGACAGUUUCAGUGGAGACACCCCCUUAAUUUGUGCAUGUAAAAAGGGAAACAACAGGAUAGUUAGCUAUCUUCUAAGAAGACAUGCUGAUGUAAACCUCAGAAAUAAGAAGGACCGCACUUGCCUGCAUUAUGCUGUGAGAAAACGGUUUACCUUCCUUGACUAUGUGCUCAUCAUAAUCCUCAUGCCAGUUAUGCUUAUUGGAUAUCUUCUCAUGGUCUCGAAGACGAAACAGAAUGAAAACCUGAUCAAGAUGUUGCUCAGAGCUGGAGCUGAUGUGAAUGCUACAGACUCUUCUAGUAGCACAGCCCUUCACUAUGCUUGUGAAAUGAAAAAUCAGGAAGUCAUUCCUCUACUGCUUGAAGCUCAUGCAGACACUUCUGUAAAGAAUCAGGAUGGGGAGACUCCCUUAGAUAUAGCAAGAAGACUGCAGUUCCACAACAUUGAAAGCAUGCUAAGAAAAGCUUCCUAGUCAUCAAGGACUCUCAAACAUGCAGAAAAUUACCUCAUCUAACAAUGCAUCUUGCAUAACAGCAAACGUCCAACAGAGGGUGAAGGCUGUUACUUGAUAAAAACUUGGUCCACAUCCACCCAUUCCUUGCUGUAGACUUUGACAACUUUGUGUGAGACUUGUCAGUACCCCCAAGGCCAUGUGUGGGGUGAAAGGAGUUAAUUUGAUUUUACUGAGCCAUGAAUGAUUGCAAUAGUGGUCAAAAUAUCGCCCUUCCCAUCUGCUUCAUCAGUCUUAUUACUUGACUUCUGCAGUCUGUGGUUUUUGAAAGCUAGCUAUAAAAUAUCUGGAAGCCUAAAUAUUGCGUAUGGUUGGCAGCCAAUGCAAAAAUAAAAUAUCCUUUAGAGUGCACAUUACUUGUUCUAUAGGGGAAUUAAACAAUAUGCUACAGCAGUUGUACAAAGUCUGGUACCCUUCCUCUUAGUAUUUCUCUUCCCACAAUGGGAGUGACUGGGAAAAUAGGUGUCUCAGUUGAGCACUUUUCCCUUCCAUCCUUCCUACAAGUUUCACACACCUUUAUUCUCACUAUGUUGCUACAAGGGUAGGAUUAUCUUCUCCCUUUUUUUUUUUUUUUCAUAUAAGACACAGCAAAAAGAGAUUCAAUGGCUUGCUGGAGUCCAUAAAGAAAGCAAAUUCCCAGAUCACUUUAAUGCAUUAAGAAAUAAUAAUGAAAAUAUGUUUGGCAUCAUAGAGAAACAGGUCUCUUGACUACCUUUCCAAUAUAAACAGUGUACUAAA